AUGUCGUGCCUAAGCCUCACCCCAGUGCUGGUGCUGGUGCUGGUGCUGGGGGUCAGCCUGGGGGCUGCCUUUCCCCAUGACACCCUGAGGAAGGGCUGCAGGCUCUCCAAGUACCAGAACAUUGCGCACGAGGAGCAGAAGGCUGUGGACAAGAUGAGACAAGAGUUUCUGGGGUUGUGCAACAUUGCCAGAAGUCAGGAUGAGAGUUUUUCAGUCUCUCUCGGUUCAUGCCUGCAGGUGAACAACCACAAAUGCAACACCAGGCUCUUCCACCGGAAAUGGAAUGCAGUGGACCUGCCGAUGUCCGACCGAGUGCUGCUGGUGGCGGCCGAGCUGAACCUCACCAUGGCCAUGCUGGAGCUCCCCGCUGCCCCCAGCUUUGCCGAGGUGCGCCGGCGGCCCCUGGAGUUCUUCGCCCAGGCCCGGGAGGAUGUGCGGGGCUGUGUGAGUGUGGAUCCUGCUCACCAGCCCUCGGGCAGGCUGCGGCACUGGCUGCACAAGCUGCAGGCGGCCAUGCGAACCGUAAGUAAAACCGGCGGGGUGAGGGCUUUUGGGGUGCCAGCUCCCACCUCAUUGCUGACCCGUUCCAUCUGUGUCUGCCUGAGAGCCACCACCAUCCUGCACGUCCUGCAGGUGCUGGGCAACCUGCGCUGCGCCGCCCUGCACGACAAGUGCUGA